AUGAAUCCACUUCUUGCUCUUCUUCCUCGAGACGAGGAUGGCAGUCAGCCUUCCUGUGAUACAGGUAACGAAUAUGAUGGCCGCAUGGGACUGCGAAUAUCAUCCAUCUUCGUCAUCCUGGUUGGCUCGACAUUCGGUGCUUUGUUCCCCAUUCUUGCUCGAAACUACCAAAACUCCAAGGUCCCGGGAUGGGCGUUCUUUAUCGCCAAGUAUUUCGGCUCCGGUGUCAUCAUCGCCACAGCAUUCAUUCACUUGCUUGGUCCCGCCGAGGACGCUCUACGAAAUGAGUGUUUAACUGGCCCAAUCACCGAUUAUUCUUGGGCGGAAGGUAUUAUUCUUAUGACCAUUGUCGUCUUAUUCUUUGUCGAGUUGAUGGUCAUGCGGUAUGCUCGCUUCGGCGUGGGCCACGCCCAUGAUAUGGAAGACCCUGCCUCUCAUGAGGAGAUCGAGAGGCGCAGUGUGGAACGAGUUGAUACGAAAAGCCAUUUUCCAGGUGAAGAUCACCUUGGACAUUCUCGGGAACAUCAUGACCCCGAGCUGGGUGAAAAGAACUCUUCCCUGGAGGAAUACGUGUCCCAGUUGACCUCUGUCUUCAUUCUGGAGUUUGGAAUCAUCUUCCACUCUGCCUUUAUCGGCUUAACCCUGGCCGUAUCUGGUUCGGAAUUCACAACCCUAUACAUUGUUUUAGUUUUCCAUCAAACUUUCGAAGGCCUAGGUCUAGGGUCCCGCCUGGCGCAGACUCCGUGGCCUCGCUCGAAAAAGUGGACGCCUUACAUUUUGGGGCUGUCAUACGGUGUGACGACCCCAAUUGCAAUUGCCGUCGGAUUGGGUGUGCGCCAGACAUACCCUCCCGAAGGUUUCACCACUCUGGUUGUCAACGGCGUUUUUGAUUCGAUUUCGGCUGGUAUUCUUAUCUACACAGCCCUUGUGGAGCUCAUGGCCCACGAGUUUAUGUUCAGCACCUCCAUGCGCAAGGCUCCCAUUAAGACGGUGCUUGCUGCGUUUGGUCUCUUGUGUCUGGGCGCCCUGUUAAUGGCGCUCCUUGGUAAAUGGGCCUGA